AUGACUUCUGUCAAAGAACAGGAAACCACCAUGAAGCUCAGGGUUUUUUUGCAGAAAUGGGAUAAUGCCCACAAAGCUGCUCGAAGCCACAUCCUGGACAACUUCAUCGAAAGCAAUGAUGGCAAGACAGAACAAGAGCUGGAGCUGGAGUUCUCCCACGGAGCCAGUUUGUUUCUGGCUCGCCUAACAGCAUGGCUCAGGGUGACCUAUAUGUACAGCACGUGCCUCAACAAGCUGCUCAAGUCCAUCAGCGUCUUCCUAUCUGCGGCAAGUGGACAGAGAUACGUUAUUGAAUUUCUGGAGACUGGAGGAGUCUUGAUUCUCCUGGAAAUACUAGGGCUGAACCACCUGAAAGAAGAGGACAAAAGGGAGUCUGUAAAGCUGCUGCAGCUUGUCGCAGACACUGGCAGAGAGUGCAAGGAGAUCAUUUGUGAAAGCUAUGGGGUACAAUCUCUCACUGAAUUCCUGGCCACUUCCAACUCAGCAGAGGCUCAAGGAGACGUGCAGGUUCUGCUGGACUCUUUGGGCCACAACAAUCCCAAGCACCAGAACCAAGUCUACAAAGGCCUGGUUGCUGUGCUGCCACGCGACUCCCGCCGAGCCCAGCGGCUGGCUCUGCAGACGCUCGGGGCCAUGCAGGACGUGGUGGGAGAGGCUCCCUCCGUCCUUCUGGAGCCCAUGCUGUGCUCAGAGCACCUGGAGGUCAAGGAGGAAGACAUUCGGCUGCUGAAGGCGCUCACAGUUUGUGAGGUCCAUCCAUCCCUGCUGAAGGGCCUGGUUGCGCUUCUGAUGUCGCCGAGGGAGAGAGCGUUCGCCUGCUGCAACGAGACUGCCAGAGACCCAGCCACACUUUGCCUCAGGGAGCCUGCGCUGGUGUAUAUCCAGCAGGCAGCUGCCGCAAAAGCCACUGGACAAGGAACAGCAGAAGUGGGUGAAGAGCUGAUCCAGCUGAAAGUGGUACCUGGCCUGGUGGUCACUGUGGGGAACCUGGAUCACAUGGCCAGCCAGAGACAUACCUCUGUUCUGUUGCUGCAUCUUGCCCGCUUAUUUCUAUUUGUGGAGGAAUGUAUAAAGAAGGCACUCAGACACACACUGUUCCAGCACUUUACAAUGAACAUUCCUCCCUUAUAGGGUCUUUUGGCAACCCUUUGGUUUGUCACUGCUGUUUGUCCAUAUUAA